CGAGGAGAGGAGGAUCUCUUCCCCAGAAGUUUGGUUUGCCCUUUGCUGGAGAUGAGAUUCAGUCCCAACAGUUCCACAGAGAGUCGACCAGAGCCGGGGGAGGAAACUUUGUGAGCGCUGAAAUCUUCUGGAUUCAAGAUUGUCUGCGGGUCAUGGACGGUUUGAUUUAGGGGGAUUUUGGCGGAUUCCCGGAGUUGCGCGCUUGCAGAGGACCGUACUUCGCACUGCUGCGACUCCAGGCGGCUGUGAAGGAAACCAUAUCUGGUCAAAGUAUUCGUUGCUGUCACCCAGCGGGACCAGCCGGCUAUAAAUAGCGCUGGAGGAGGUAGGGAAAUUAAUGCAUACAUUACACUGCGGGCAGCAAAGCGAUCAAGUGUAAUUGCUUUCCCAAGAGGGCUACGGGCACUUGGCUGCCUUUGCUGUUAUUUUACCCGAGGUGGGGGUCAUUAAGAUAUAAUCUAGGCUCCUGAUCUCCUACAGUUUGCCUUUUUCAUUUGGAGGCGUUGCUGAGGUGUGCUGUCCACAAUGGCGCUUCUGAGGAAGGAGAUGGAGAAGUACAGAGACAUAGACGAGGACGAGCUGCUGAAGAAACUGUCAGAAGAAGAGUUGCAGCGGUUAGAGGAUGAAUUAGAGGAGCUGGAUCCUGAUAAUGCAUUGUUGCCUGCUGGGAUGCGCCAGAAGGACCAGACAAAGAAAGCACCAACAGGCACGUUUCAAAGAGACAACCUCCUGGCCCAUCUGGAGAAACAGGCCAAAGAGCAUCCUGACAGAGAAGACCUGGUGCCCUACACCGGGGAGAAGAGAGGAAAAGCCUGGGUGCCUAAAACAAGAGUGGAUCCAAUCAUAGAGUCUGUGACUCUGGAGCCGGAGUUAGAAGAAGCCCUGUCCAGUGCUUCCGAUGCUGAACUCUGUGAUAUUGCAGCCAUCCUGGGCAUGCACACGCUGAUGAGUAACCAGCAGUACUAUGAAGCCCUGGCCAGCAGCACUAUAGUCAACAAGCAAGGCCUUAACAGUGUGAUCCAGUGUACCCAGUACAAGCCAGUCCCUGAUGAGGAGCCCAACUCCACUGAUGUAGAGGAAACUCUGUUGAGAGUAAAGAGGAAUGAUCCCGACCUGGUAGAAGUCAACCUCAAUAACAUCAAGAAUAUUCCUAUCCCAACUCUGAAGGCAUAUGCCGAGGCUCUGAUGAAGAACACAGUGGUGGAGAGGUUCAGUAUUGUAGGAACAAGGAGCAAUGACCCUGUAGCAUUUGCCCUGGCAGAGAUGUUGAAAGUUAACACGAUGCUCAAGAGUCUGAACGUUGAGUCCAACUUCAUAACAGGGACUGGAAUCCUGGCCCUCAUAGAGUCACUGCAGAAUAACACCACACUAUUGGAGCUCAAGAUAGACAAUCAGAGUCAGCCCUUAGGCAACAAAGUGGAGAUGGAAAUAGCCAACAUGCUGGAGAAAAACACCACAUUGCUGAAGUUUGGGUAUCAUUUCACCCAGCAGGGUCCACGCCUCCGGGGCUCCAAUGCCAUGAUGAACAACAAUGACCUGGCCCGGGUUGUCAGGUCGGAGACAGACGGCUCUUUCACCCUCACUCUAUCUGUCCCUGAGCUGGAGAGGGCCUUUGGGAAAAAGUUCAAGUCUAAGACUAAUAAGAAAGAGAAGGCUUGAAGGAGGACCCAUUUUCCCAAAGUGUCGGACAAAUGUGUAGAAACCAGGGCUACCUUCAACUCCUGCCAUCUGUCACCCCCUUCCACUCUAUCAGGUUCAAUUGUUUUGGUUUCAGAGACAGUGUCUGAACUUUUUCACUUACAGACUUUUACUUAGUAAAUGUUAAAUGAUCCAUUUGGAUUGAUUAACAGAUCCUUCUGAGUUUCCAGUGCAUGCAACAACAAAAAAAGUGACAUUAAUAUUAUUACAUUGUGCUCUGAAGUUUGCAUUUUUGACAUAUUUUCUAGGCUUGGACAGCUACAACUGCAGCUUUUUGUACAAACCAACUCCUACUCUGUAAUUUUGAGUCUUUCAAUGCUUCACUGAGUGUUUAGACCUCAGUGAAGGGCUUAAGGUCUGGUUUUGAAUGUGGUCCCAUAUGAAAAGCGAUGGGCAACUUUUAGCAGUCUGCUGAGUUGAAUUUUAAUAGUUAUUAUUAUUAUUAUUAUUACUACUACUACUACUGUGCUGUAAAUGACUGGUGUUGUCACUACUGCUGUUGCUUCCAGGACACCUUACAAGACUACGAAUUUCUGCCAUGUCAGAAUCAUUCAUUUAAAUUGAAUUGAGAAAAAAAAAUGAACAUCUGGUUUUGCCCCCAUCUUCUGAUGUUUUUCUCUUUUCAUUUUUCAGUGUAAAAAAAGUAUUUAGUGACUCAUUUCGAUACUGAGCUACACAGAUUCUUGAGCAAUUUACAAAUAGCUGUAUAAACCUGGCAACUGUGAGAUUUGUCACUACAUACGUAUUUAUUGAAACAGACCUGGGAAAGAGUCAGAAGCCAUUCAUAUGACUUGGUUUGACUAUGCUGGAUCAUCAAAUAACCAGUAGUAAAAACGUUGCUGUAAAAGAAAAUGUACUGUCAAAUUACACUGUGACGUUAUCCAGCGUUUAUAUUAGCACUCGCUGCCUGUUAAUGUGCAAUAUUCAAAUGCCAGUGUAAUGUGCUUUAUAUUUUCCUUUAAAUAUCCAGCGAAUACGGCACUGUUGUAUAGAAGUGUUUACAGCAGCGGCAUUGUAAGAGCGCCAGAGAGAGAGACACAAGAAGCUCAACAAAUUCUGAGAGAAAUUCCCAAAACUAAAGAUGGUGUUAGAAAAAAACCUCCCAGAGAGUAAAAAGCUUUUGAAAAACUUUGUGAUGGGACAAAAUCUGCAAAAAAAAAGAAGUAACAAUUUGAAACAGAUAAUUUGAUGAGAUUCUUUACAUGCAGUUUUUUAGAAUAGAUGUUACAUGGCUGCCGAGUGGCAAGAGGGUUUUGCUUACAGUCACCAGAUUAUAUUAACCCAAGCAACUUGUGAAUAUUUGAAUGGAUUUGUUUUACACUUUCAGCCAGGUCUGGUUUGUUGAUUGUUUGUGUUGAUUUGUAUUUACUGGAGCUACAAUGUGUGUUUUAGUAUGAAAUGACUUUUUUACUACAGGUUUCACAUUACUCCCUAAAUCCAGGUUUGUUGUAUUUUUGUAUGCAGGAAACCUUUCAUGUCUUUGCAGCUUUCAGACUAUAACAAUCCCCCUUAUUCAUAUGAAAAACAGACUAUUUACAAGCAUGUCUAGCUAUGACAGGUACUGAAAAUCAGAAAUAUGGUAUUGCACCUUAAUCCUUUGGAGAUCAAAAUGAAAUGGUUCUCAUCAUAGGCCAAAAAAAACACCCGAAUAAAUGUUGAUUUUAUGCUGCUGUAUACUUUGGAGCAGAUAGCGGGAUUUCUCAUAACUUUAAAAGUCAGCAGUGCAAUGAGGGAAAAGUAGAGUUAGCUGUUAUAUAAGCAGGAAUUAGAACAGUUCCAGUAAAAAUCACAGGAUGGUUUGUUAGCUUUUAUUAGCUGUCAAUGAAUUAUUUGUUUUAGGAAACGUUUAUGUCUUCCUAAUUUGAACAACUCUUGCUCAAAAUUCUGAUUGCACGUUUAAGGGCUAAUAACACAUUCAGUGUUAUUAUUUAUCACCACUUUGUUACUGACAGUGUCAAGGCCAAUGUCCAGUGAAUGGUCGAUAUCUUCAUUAUAAAGAUGAAGAAUUGAAAGCUAAAAGUGAAAGAGGACUCUGCUCUCACAGUCUCUGUGUGUCAUGUUCUUUUCUCCUGUGUAGGGCUUUUUUCAUAUUGUACUGCUUGACUCGGUUUUUUCAUAGAUAGUUCACAUUUUUUGUUCUGUUUUAUGAAUUAAAUAAAGCUUGGAAAUUGUCUUUGUUUAUA